UCUGUUUCUUUCUCUAACUCCAUGGAUAACCAACGCAGCCCUGUUUUAACUUGGGCUUAUUUCUUGCAAACCAAGAACGUCGAUGAACUCAGGCAUUCUCUUCUCUGCACCACUCUGGAGCUUGAACAGACCAAAAUUACAGUCCAAGAGGAGCUUAACAAGAAGGACGACCAGCUUUUACAUCUCAAGAAUCUUUUAAAUCAAGCCAUUAGAGAAAGAGACGAAGCCAAUGAGAAAUGCCAAACCCUUCUCCUCCAGAAACUGUUCUUCCAUCAUCAACACCCACCGCCGCCGCCGCCGAAUCCA